GCAAGUGUUGAUGCUACGGUGCUCGCGCUACCGCAUUUAAGGGGAGGUAGCAGUCCGACACGGGUAGAUGGGGCCUCAAGAUCCACAGUGACUCACAGACAGGGCGCGACACUAGAUAACAAGGGAGGGAGAAAUGUGAUGGCGAUAAGCCUCGGUUACCUUGGAGGGAAGACAGUCACACGGUGUGCCAGGUUUGUCGUCCUACACUUUCGUAUCAAAGCAGGCCACACCAGCCAGCACAGGCAAGGCUAGAUGCCAUGUACAUUUCCUAGAAAACAACGGCCAAAGAGGAGUGACUAUGCUGCUGUACCAGUGUCCUGGGAAUACCGAUACUGGGAAUACCACUGCCCCACUCUAGCUGGAUUGUUCAACGACCACUCACGCAAGAUUUCCUGACGGAUAGAAUUCAAUUCAUCCCUCCAUGUUUUGGAUAUUCCGAUCAAAUGUGAAAAUGGUUCCAGCUCCCUAUCCACUUGUGUAUGUUUUCUGUUUACGCACUUUACACAUCACAGGGACUUUCAAAACCAGAAUGUUCUCUCAAUAAAUUGUUGGAAUGGUUUUGUCAUUGGAAACACAUCUGCGGAUCUGGAUUUGUACCAAAUAUGCAGACAGACAUUGUAUGUACAGAGUAACCAUGAGAGCAUUGCAUUAUAUGAUAGCAGUACAUAACUGCAAAAUAACAUCUCUGAUCCGAAGUCUGCCUGCACUACGUUAGGGUAGGGACCAGUUGUAGAGCAUUGAACAUCCAAAGCUGUCUUCCCCAAUCCUAUGCCCUCAAACACUAAUUUAGCACUAUACUGUACAUCGUUGUGAAAUUAAGACCAGUCAGCAUGCUCAACUGUGAAUAUAAGAACUCAGUUAUUCAGGGUAUUCAGGACCAGCCAAAAAUAUAUAUCAGGGCAUGAUUGUUCUCUGUGCAACCUAGGUGUCAAUACCGUACGUGAAUGUAUUUUUACUGUGAAAUCAUAUAAAUCAUGAUUUUUAACCCACUUCUUAUGAGCUGAAAAAUAACAUCCACUAUCUUCACACUUGAAAAAAAAUCAUACAGAUCUUGAAUCAGGGACAAAACUUUACCGGUCAGCUGCUGUUGAAUCAGUGCAGGGUGACGCCUUGGAACAUUUAAACUCACCAUUCCUGGCUAGCGCUGCUGCAUCAGCCCUUACAUUCCUGGCUAGCGCUGCUGCAUCAGCCCUUACAUUCCUGGCUAGCGCUGCUCCAUCAGCCCUUACAUUCCUGGCUAGCGCUGCUGCAUCAGCCCUUACAUUCCUGGCUAGCGCUGCUCCAUCAGCCCUUACAUUCCUGGCUAGCGCUGCUGCAUCAGCCCUUACAUUCCUGGCUAGCGCUGCUCCAUCAGCCCUUACAUUCCUGGCUAGCGCUGCUGCAUCAGCCCUUACAUUCCUGGCUAGCGCUGCUGCAUCAGCCCUUACAUUCCUGGCUAGCGCUGCUGCAUCAGCCCUUACAUUCCUGGCUAGCGCUGCUGCAUCAGAAACUGCAUUCCUCCUUCCUUUCCCUCUCUCAGGAUGAGCCAGAAGUUGGAGAAGUUGGACUUGGAGGCAGAGCAGCACUGCCAGCCUCUGGUCUACACCGUGGAGGAGCUGGAGUGCAAGAUUUGCUAUAACCGCUACGACAUGCGCACCCGCAAGCCCAAGGUGCUGGGCUGCCUCCACCGCGUCUGCGCCAAAUGCCUGAAGAAGAUUGUGGAGAACUCGUCCCCCAGCAUCGUCAGCUGCCCCUUCUGCCGCCACGAGACACACGUGCCCUACGAGGAGAUCUGGUUGCUGCAGGACGACAGCAACAUCCUGGCAAUCCUCACCUAUCAGGACCGGGCCAGGAAGAGUGGCGGUUCCAUCACCCCUGGCGGGGAGGUGCUGCUCACCCCAAGCAGCCUGAGCGGAGGUGGAGAGAACGCCUGUGGUGGUGGUUCUGGGGGUGACUGCCUCACAACCGGCGAGCAGUCGCAUAGUUCCUCCGAUUGCCUGGUCAUCACCAUCAUGGAGGUGGCGGGCGAAUCGCAGUCAUCGGUCUCCAUGAGCAUGCUCAAUAUGGUGCGCCUGUAUCGGCCUGCCAGCCUGGCCUCACUGCCCUGCCACCUGCCCGUGCAGAAGUGCGGCGCGUGGACCUUGCGCAACUUCCCCAGCUUCCUCAUCGGCGUCCUGUGUCUGAUCUACUUCUCGUCGCUUCCGCUGGGCAUCUACCUGCUGAUGAUCCAGCAGCUCAACCUGGGCAUCAUCCUGGUCAGCCUGGUGCCCUCCACCCUAGUUCUGUGUGUGUUCUACGGCUUUUGUCAAUGCCUUUGCCAUGAGAUCAUGCAGUCCAUAGCCACAUAGCCACGCCCCCACUUUACUCCCCUCCCCUACUCGACCCCCUUAUACCAAUGUAUGUCUAUCUGUGGACAUGACAUAGCGAGACCUGUAAAAGACCAAACCAAAUCACUGAUGCAUAUCUACAGUGCCGUGAAAAAGUAUCUGCCCCCUUUCUAAUUUUCCCUACUUUAUAAUAUUUUUGAUACUGAAUGU